AAUUCUCCACAUAUAUCUCUUCGGUUUUGUUCAUGAUGUCCAUUUUAGCAGUCGACUAAGAGAGACUAUAGUGUUCGUUACAGUAGGCGUUUCUUUUAUAAGGCAGGUCCACACAUUAAGACCAAAGCCACAUCUUGACCUCAAGAAAAGAGAACAUCACUUAUCUUUUCUCCCCAUAUGUCUUCUUACGCAUUUCUUAACAUUUAUUAGUGACUCUAGUUUACUUAUUAGCUUCAGUUGCUGAGUCGUGUCCACCAAGAUGAAGUCACUGUCUGUAAUUGUCUGUGCUUUGCUGUCUCUGGGACGAGCUGCUCACCUGGUGAAGAGGGCGGCAUCGUGCCCAGCUGGUUGGACUGAGUUCGACGGUCGUUGUUUCCGCUAUUUCCCGGGAAGGAUGACCUGGGCCGAUUCUGAGAAAUACUGCGAGACCCAGGGUGCAAACCUUGCCUCAGUGCAUAAUGCUAAUGAGUAUCAUCACAUCCAAUUCAUGAUAAGAAAAGCCACCCAUGGAUUUGGAAGAACAUGGCUUGGAGGCUCAGACUGCCAGAAGGAGGGGAUUUGGCUGUGGACUGACGGGACCCCUUUUGACUAUCGCGAGUGUGGCAAAUUUGAUAACCGCUGGUGGAAACAGCAUUGUUUGCAAAUGAACUACGGAGGUAACAAGUGCUGGGAUGAUGUGCAAUGUAGCAGUAAGCUUCCGUCUGUCUGUGCCAAAAAAGCUAAAUGAUCAUUGAGCUGUGCGGGCACGGAGCACCUGGGAAUUUCCUAAAAAAAUUUCUCUGAGCCAUCUGUCUGAGUGAAUCAUCAGUGUUAUGAAGGCUAUGUUUGAUUUAAUAUUUUCUAUUCCUUCAAUGUAAUGCUAAUUUAAUUUGAAACUGGUAAAAAAUUGUCCUUUUGACCAUCUAUCUAACUGUCUGAAUAAGGCUUGUGAAAAUUAGAGAGUAAAUGUUUUUAUUUUUAAUAAAUUCACCAGAAUCAGUUAAUAAUGGCAUGUUUUCACUUAAUUUGUAGAUUUAGGGGGAAAAGUUAGCAUCCAGAGUUAGCAUCCUCCUCUAUCAGACUAAAUGCUUCACAGCUCUGUUCUUCUUUCUGCUUAUGUAACAUUAAAAGCCUAAAGCAUGUGUGUCUGGGCAGAUUCUUACACAGAGUUGUUAGACUCUAUCAAAAGUAAAGGUUCUGCUCUUAUAGUCAAGAAAAUUUAACUAUAAAAAGAAGCUGUUGGUCUGAUUAUUUUUUUUCAUUCACUGCAUGUGUCAUUUUAUAUCAAUUAAAUUAACUAACAAACACAUCAAACAGAUGUGAAAAAUGACAAUUAAAAUAGCAGACAAUGAAAAGCGCAAUAAUAGAAAAAGUUAUAUGUAUUUGCAUACUAUUUUAUAUAUAAAUAUUAUCAGGUUAUCUUCCCAGUAAUUUGUGUCAGGCCUGGAAACAAGCCUGAAAUGUGUUGCAGGAGAACAUUUGUGCUGAGUCUGUCCACUGUAAAGUGAUAAUGCUUCUGUAAGGAUGACAUUAAAAAGUCAAUCAAUGGUU